AUGUCACUCCCAGUAGGUCCAUUGGUAUCGCCGCGCGAGGCCGUGCGUCCACCUCACGAGCCGCUUCACGGCCAGACAACGUCGCUCGUUCCGCUCGAAGCAGGCCACGCAGCAGGCCUUUUCAGGAGCCUAGGCGGGCCGGAGAACUACGCGCGGUGGACGUACAUGCUCACGGGCGGCUUUCCCACGCUCGCCGACUGCCAGCGGGAGAUUGACGAAUGGAGCCGGGACACGUCCUCGGACAGACUCUACUACACGGUUCUGUCUGGGCCGGCGUCGAGCCCGCGCUCGGAGCCCGUGGGCAUCAUGUGCUACCUCGCCGUGGUGCCGCCGCACCGCCGCCUCGAGAUUGGCGGCGUCAUCCUCGGCGCGGCGCUGCAGCGGACGCGGCAGGCCACCGAGGCGUUUUACCUGCUCAUCAGGCAUGCGUUUGAGGACCUGGGCUACCUGCGCGUCGAGUGGAAGGCCAACAAGUUGAACGAGGCGAGCUUGAGGGCCGCCGAGAGGCUGGGGUUCACGUUUGAGGGCGUGUUUAGAAAGCACAUGGUCAUCAAGGGCCGAGAGAGGGACACGGCGUGGUUCAGCAUCACGGACGGGGAGUGGGCGCGCGUGAAGAAGGGCUUCGAGGCCUGGUUGGACGACGGGAACUUUGACCACGAUGGUAGGCAGAGGAGGGGGUUGAGGGAGUGUAGGGAAGGUUGA